AUGCCGCCAGGCCCGGCGUACAAUGCUCUCGCUGUGGUCUAUUCUGUAGCUAGGAUCGUCAAGCAUGCGGCACGACAUCGAGCUGCAGCUGGCGCUCGAACUUUGGGCGUCUCAGAGGAUAUACUGACGACGACACGGCCUGGACCAGCACCACAACCCGCACCAACUGCACCAACAUCCUCGACCCCUUCGACUUCAACCUCGUCCGACGCUUCAGCUAGCACAAGCCCGUCCGAGGAGAGGGUAGGAGAAGCCUCUACACAGACUCAACCAAAAUCUCAGCUCUCCAAAGCAGAACGACGACGGAUACAAGCGCAACUAGAAGAGGAAGAGUUCCGAGCGAUACUUGGAAAACGAUGGGUUGAUGGCGUAUUGGUCGACGGGUCUCUCCCAUUCAGCGUUUCGCACAGCCAUCCAGCUCAGAUUAUAUCUGAAGCACCCAGGGACCCUGUGCCGCCGAUACCAGAAAUACCAGAACUGCCAACUCAGUCGCAGUCGCCGGCAGAGUCUUUGGAGUCGGGGACGAAGACGUGGGUGGAGAAGGAAAGAGAGGCAGAGGAAGUUGCGAGAGUUGUGGAGGAGGUUAGCCAUGAAAUCGAACACGAACGCGAAUUGGAAACGAAGGAAAGGCCUAUACCUCAGGUGGCGCAGAAGUACCAGUCCAGUCACCAGCAGGCAUCGUCCUCAUCUGCAACCAGUGUUCCCACUUCAAACCCGACUGCUGCAAUCGAGGCUUCUGACCUUUCACCGACACAGGCAGCUUCUACGUCGCCUUCAGACCUUUCAGACUCUCCCUCAUGCCCUCUUCCUGUCACAACCCCUACACCACCACCCAAAAAGGUGCUUCAAGCAUCUAAAGUUCCCUCGUCACGGAUAGGCAGAUUAUUCCACUAUGGAGGUCUCGCUGCUUCACUAGGCUAUGGAGCCGCCGCUGAACUCCUUAGAGGGAGUGAUAGCUCCAACGCAACAGGCAACGUCAUGCUCUCAGAAGCGAACAUCAAGCGAUUGGUGGGCAAGCUUACCCAGAUGCGAGGGGCCGCUCUCAAGCUUGGGCAGUUCAUGAGUAUCCAAGAUACACAUCUCCUCCCACCAGAGCUCGACCAGAUAUUCAGACGUGUCCAGGAUAGCGCGCAUUACAUGCCAGAUUGGCAAAUGGAGAAAGUCCUCUCAGCGGCGUACGGUCCUAACUGGUGCAACCCUUCAAAUCCCGAAGAAACUGUCUUCAUGGAGUUCGAGCGGAUACCGUUCGCGGCUGCGUCCAUCGGUCAGGUGCACCGAGCCAGGCUAGCACCGCGACUUUGCCCACCCGAGUUGCUCGACCAGGGUAACAAGGAUGUUGGCCUAGACGUCGCAGUCAAAGUCCAAUUCCCAAACAUCGUAAACUCGAUAAAGAGUGACUUGGGUUAUGUCAAGAUGCUGCUCAGCGUCGGAGGUCUGCUGCCUAAAGGUCUUUUCCUGGACAGGACGAUCGAGGUGAUGUCCGCGGAACUAGCAGACGAAUGCUCCUACACCCGCGAAGCCUCGUUCCUCAAGAAAUUCAGGUCGAAAAAAUUCUUGGGUGGAGACGAGCGGUUUAAAGUACCUUGGGUGUGGGAGGGUAGCACCGAUCAGGUGUUGGUCAUGGAGCGGGUAGGCGGGGUGGGUGUUGGGGAUGUCAGUCAUGGUAGUGCUCUCGAGGAAGGCGAGGUGGCGGUUGACGAGGAGACUGUGAGGGGUUUGAGCCAGAGGGAUCGGAAUGACAUCGAACUCGUCGACUUUGGCGCAACACGCACAUACAGCAAAAAGUUCAUGGACAGCUGGUUAAGGCUGCUCCAAGCAGCCGCCUCCGAGGACCGCCAAACAUGUAUCGAUGAAAGCAUCAAAAUCGGAUACUUGACGGGCCAAGAGGACGAAGUCAUGCUCGAUGCACAUGUUCAGUCUAUGACUCUACUCGCCACUCCUUUCAAAGAAACCACUACCCAGCCGUUUGCGUUCGGACCUGGCUCGAGGUGGUCGGAAGUGACGAAGGAGAUUAGGGAGUUCAUUCCUGUGAUGGUGAAGAGGAGGUUGACCCCCCCGCCGAAGGAGACAUAUAGUUUGAAUAGAAAAUUGAGCGGGGCGUUCCUCCUCGCUGCUAGACUCGAUGCCAAGGUUGAUACGAAGGAGAUUUGGGAUAGGAUUGUUGGGAAGUACGAGUUUGGGCGUGUGGAAGAGGAGGCGGCGGAGUUGGCUAAAGAUAUUGAUUGA